CGACGGGAGCCGAACGGGAGGCGCGGAAGCCAACACCGGGUCCCCGGCGCCGCCGUCGCCUCCGAGCCGCCCGCGCCCCUGGCUUGCUGGCGGCGGCUGUGAGCGCCGAGGCCAGCCCCUGGCCCGCGGGUGGAUAGCCAGCGCCAUGGCCACCCCAGAACCGCUGCGGCCGCGCCUGUGCUGCCUGGUGCGUGGCGAGCAAGGCUACGGCUUCCACCUGCAUGGCGAGAAGGGCCGUCGCGGGCAGUUCAUCCGGCGCGUGGAGCCCGGUUCCCCGGCCGAGGCGGCCGAGCUGCGCGCUGGAGACCGCCUGGUCGAGGUCAACGGCGUCAACGUGGAGGGCGAAACGCACCACCAGGUGGUCCAGAGGAUCAAGGCUGUGGAGGGGCAGACGCGGCUGCUGGUGGUAGACAAGGAGACGGACGAGGAGCUGCGCCGGCGGCAGCUGACCUGCACUGAGGAGAUGGCCCAGCGAGGGCUUCCACCCGCCCAUGACCCCUGGGAGCCAAAGCCGGGCUGGACACGUGCAGGCAGCCUUGGCUCCAAGGAUGGCCAGAAGGAUGUCAAUGGGCCCCCGAGGGAGCUUCGCCCGAGGCUCUGCCACCUUCGAAAGGGCCCUCAGGGCUAUGGGUUCAACCUGCACAGUGACAAGUCGCGGCCAGGACAGUACAUUCGUUCGGUGGACGUGGGCUCGCCGGCCGCCCACUCUGGCCUCCGUGCCCAAGAUCGACUUAUUGAGGUGAAUGGGCAGAAUGUGGAGGGACUGCGCCACGCAGAGGUGGUUGCCAGCAUCAAGGCACGAGAGGAUGAGGCCCGGCUGUUGGUGGUGGACCCGGAAACGGACGAGCACUUCAAGAGGCUGCGGGUGACCCCCACCGAGGAGCAUGUGGAAGGUCCACUGCCAUCACCUGUCACCAAUGGGACCAGCCCUGCCCAGCUCAAUGGUGGCUCAGCGUGUUCAUCCCGAAGUGAUCUGCCUGGCUUAGACAAGGACAAUGAGGACCGCAGCACCUGGAAGCACGACCCUUUUCAGGAGAGUGGCCUCCACCUGAGCCCCACGGCGGCUGAGGCCAAGGAGAAGGCAAAAGCCACCAGGGUCAACAAGCGGGCCCCGCAGAUGGACUGGAACCAGAAGCGUGAGAUCUUCAGCAAUUUCUGAGCCCCUCGCUACCUGUGUGCUGGCCCCGGGCCUUCUCCCUGCACGGACUUUGGGCCUCCCUCCUUGGGCCCAGACCAGAGCUCCCCAAGCCUCAGUGGACUGGAGGA